UCUUACACUACGAAAGCCCUCUCUAGGAUAAGUUGGAUAUCUGACAUUAUUGUGGUGGUCUCUCCUGAAAAUAUUGAAACAAUGAAGUCUAUCAUUGAAAAAUACGGCCACAAAAGAGUUAUGGUAGUAAAAGGUGGAAUAACUCGUCACCGGUCAAUUUUCAAUGGACUGAAAGUAUUUUCAGAGAAUGAAUUUUCCAACCAUCUGCUCCAGAAACCAGAAGUCGUGAUUAUCCAUGAUGCUGUGAGGCCAUUUGUUGAAGAAGAUAUUCUUUCAAAAGUGGUCAUGGCUGCCAAAGAACAUGGGGCAGCAGGAGCAAUUCGUCCUCUAGUUUCUACUGUUAUUGCCUCUGCAGCGGAUGGCUGUUUAGACCACUCAUUGGAACGUGCCAGGUACAGAGCGAGUGAAAUGCCUCAGGCUUUCUUGUUUGAUAUAAUCUAUGAAGCAUACCAACAGUGUACAGACUAUGACCUGGAUUAUGGAACCGAAUGUUUGCAUCUGGCUCUGAAAUACUGUAAGACAAAUGCCAAACUAGUUGAAGGAACAGCUGACCUCUGGAAGGUGACCUACAAGAGGGAUUUGUAUGCAGCUGAAUCGAUUAUUAAGGACAACCUAUCACAACAAGUUUGUGUUAUUACCAAUGUGAAGGAAGAUGUUGCACAAGUGGGUUUUCUCCUUCAUGAAUCUCUGAAAAGCCAAAUAAAAGUUGAAGCUGUAUCAAUAUCUCUAAGCAAAAAUGAUACCCAUCUACAAAACAUCUUUUCAGGACAGUGCUACAAUUUUGUUUGCGUAAAUGAUAAAAAGUAUGCCAUUCAGGAAACCCAGCAGCUAGUGGAUAUGUUGGAAAAAUCGAAUAUUCCUCUCUUAUAUCCAGUUGUCCUUAUUUCGGUGCAUUUGGAUUUUUCAGAAAAUACUUCUUUCAGUAUUGGAGUGGAAGAACUAACUAGGAUCAAGAAAUUUGCAAGGGAAGCAAGAAAGAAAAAUAUUUUGGUUUAUGGUCUCCUUAUCCAAUAUGAGGACCAUUUGCUGCUUCAGGAGACAGUAAAUUCUGCUGUGGCUCUUACUGUGGCAUUAAUAAAGGACAGAAACCCGGAGCUGACUGGGCAGCUGUUGGUAGCAUAA